AUGCCUCGCAGGGAGGGGCUUGUGAAAGGAGACUCCGGACACACUGGAGGGACUCUCUAUUGGCCUGAGAACACCCUGGGAUAUUGGCCUGAGAGCACCCUGGGAUAUUGGCCUGAGAACACUCCGGGAUAUUGGCCUGAGAGCACCCUGGGAUAUUGGCCUGAGAACACCUUGGGAUAUUGGCCUGAGAACACCCUGGGAUAUUGGCCUGAGAGCACCCUGGGAUAUUGGCCUGAGAACACCCUGGGAUAUUGGCCUGAGAACACCCUGGGAUAUUGGCCUGAGAACACCCUGGGAUAUUGGCCUGAGAACACUCUGGGAUAUUGGCCUGAGAAUACCCUGGGAUAUUGGCCUAAGAACACCCUGGGAUAUUGGCCUGAGAACACUCUGGGAUAUUGGCCUGAGAACACCCUGGGAUAUUGGCCUGAGAACACGAACACCCUGGGAUAUUGGCCUAAGAACACCCUGGGAUAUUGGCCUGAGAACACGAACACCCUGGGAUAUUGGCCUGAGAACACCCUGGGAUAUUGGCCUGAGAACACCCUGGGAUAUUGGCUUGAGAACACCCUGGGAUAUUGGCCUGAGAACACUCCGGGAUAUUGGCCUGAGAGCACCCUGGGAUAUUGGCCUGAGAACACCUUGGGAUAUUGGCCUGAGAACACCCUGGGAUAUUGGCCUGAGAGCACCCUGGGAUAUUGGCUUGAGAACACCCUGGGAUAUUGGCCUGAGAACACCCUGGGAUAUUGGCCUGAGAACACCCUGGGAUAUUGGCCUGAGAACACUCUGGGAUAUUGGCCUGAGAAUACCCUGGGAUAUUGGCCUAAGAACACCCUGGGAUAUUGGCCUGAGAACACUCUGGGAUAUUGGCCUGAGAACACCCUGGGAUAUUGGCCUGAGAACACGAACACCCUGGGAUAUUGGCCUAAGAACACCCUGGGAUAUUGGCCUGAGAACACCCUGGGAUAUUGGCCUGAGAACACCCUGGGAUAUUGGCCUGAGAACACCCUGGGAUAUUGGCCUGAGAACACCCUGGGAUAUUGGCCUGAAAACACUCUGGGAUAUUGGCCUGAGAGCACCCUGGGAUAUUGGCCUGAGAACACUCUGGGAUAUUGGCCUGAGAACACCCUGGGAUAUUGGCCUGAGAACACCCUGGGAUAUUGGCCUGAGAACACCCUGGGAUAUUGGCCUGAGAACACCCUGGGAUAUUGGCCUGAAAACACUCUGGGAUAUUGGCCUGAGAGCACCCUGGGAUAUUGGCCUGAGAACACUCUGGGAUAUUGGCCUGAGAACACCCUGGGAUAUUGGCCUAAGAACACCCUGGGAUAUUGGCCUGAGAACACCCUGGGAUAUUGGCCUAACAACACCCUGGGAUAUUGGCCUGAGAACACCCUGGGAUAUUGGCCUGAAAACACUCUGGGAUAUUGGCCUGAGAGCACCCUGGGAUAUUGGCCUGAGAACACUCUGGGAUAUUGGCCUGAGAACACUCUGGGAUAUUGGCCUGAGAACACUGGAUAUUGA